CAGCAACUUUAUCAAAUAAAAUUUUUAUUCUUGGGAAAAAAGCUAGUCGUCAUCAUUCGUACAGACGGCAACAGAAUCAGCAUGCAAAUAUUUCAAAGCUGUUGGAUAAAUUACUUGAAAAUUAUGAUAAUAGCCUCAGACCAGAUUUUGGAUAUUCUCCUGCAGUCGUUGAGAUUGACUUGAUGGUGAGAAGUAUGGGGUCUAUAUCUGAGAUUGAAAUGACUUACAGUAUGGACUGUUAUUUCCGGCAAUCAUGGAUAGACAAAAGGCUUGCUUUUAAGGAUUCAACAAAUAAUAUUACGACUUUAGCCCUCAGUAUUUCUAUGUUAAAGAAAAUUUGGAAGCCUGAUACAUUCUUCUUCAAUGGAAAACAGAAUUAUCCUAUGGAUGUGCAACGAUGUCCAUUAAAACUAGGCAGUUUUGGAUAUACAAACAAAGAUGUCCUUUAUCGUUGGAACUCAAGAGCUGUGGCAAUAAGCGAAGACUUAAGAAUGUCACAAUUCGACCUGAUUGAUGUGCCAUCAUCAAAUGAAUCUAUUAGAGUUGGUGACGGUUAUACAGGAAAAGAAGCUAUGCUCGUCAUUCUUUCAUGGGUAUCGUUUUGGCUGAAUCGUGAAGCAACAGCGGACAGAAUCUCGCUUGGUAUUACGACAGUUCUCACGAUGACGUUUUUAGGUCUGGAAGCACGAACUGAUUUGCCAAAAUUCGCUUUUGUUCAUUAUUUUACCAAGCAUAAUUCUGGAGAAUGCUAUUAUAAUUACUAUGAGACAUCAUCUGAAUCGGAAAGUGAUGAAAAUGAAGCAAUGACAUAUUUUCCACAAUCAAGCGCGAUGUCAACAACAAGUCAUGUUAGUAGUAUGUCUCAGGAUGACAUAUAUGGCGGUGUGAUUCCACUUUCUCGAUUAGAAUUGGAUAUUGAAAUGGAUGAUACUCGUUCAAUAAGAGUUUUCAAAAGCUUUAGAAAAUUUAUUGGAAAAUACAUCUUUUGUCUUUCAUAUUUUGAGAAAGAUACACAAAGUCAAAAUGAUGGCUCACAAAUUUCAAUUAAUUAUUCAAUAAAUGAAAGCGAGCAGGAUCCUCCAUCUGAAGUGUCAGCAUAUAGUCAAAAUGCAACACGUGCUCAACGUCUUCAUCUAACGAAGAAUUCAUCAGAUAGAUAUAGAAGGACACCACAAUUUAAUUCUGUCUCUAAAAUUGACAAUAUCUUUAUAAUGUUCCUAUUAAGAGUGUCUAUAUUAUGUGUCUUAACUUUUUGUGAAUUUGCUAAUUCCGAUUGUGGAUGUUCUAAAGCAUCACGUGAAGAACGAGCCAAGAAGUAUGAGCGAACCGAACACAUUAAGCAUGAUGAGACCGAUGAUCAUAAAAACAAAUGGGCGAGCUCUAAAGAUUUUGAAGACAUGAGCUUGAUACCUGCCGGAAAAUAUUAUGUAGGAACAAAUGAUCAAAUUUUUAUAGCAGAUAAGGAGGGUCCUGAACGUGAAAUUAAUACGAAAAAAUUUUAUAUCGACAAAUAUGAAGUUUCUAAUGCAGAAUUUAGCAAAUUCAUUGAAGCGACAAACUACGUGACUGAAGCUGAAAAAUUUGGUGAUAGUUUUGUUCAUAAGAUUUUCUUAACACCAGAAGUUCAAAAGGAAUAUGAGGAUUUUAGAGUAUUACAAGCAACGUGGUGGUAUAAAAUUAAGAAUGCAAAUUGGAGAAAACCAGAAGGUGAAGGAUCAAGUAUUAAUGAUCGAAUGAAUCAUCCAGUUCUUCAAGUUAGUUGGAAUGAUGCUGUUGCAUAUUGUACAUGGAAGAAAAAAAGAUUGCCAACUGAAGAUGAGUUUGAAGUCGCAUGUCGAGGAGGUAAAAGGAAUAGACUUUUUCCCUGGGGCAACAAAAUGAUGCCAAAUGAUAAACACUGGAUGAACAUUUGGCAAGGAGACUUUCCUGACACUAACACUGCCGAAGACGGUUACAUUGGAACUUGUCCUGUCGAUAAAUUUAGACAGAAUGAUUUUGACGUUUAUAAUAUAAUCGGAAAUGCUUGGGAAUGGGUUAGUGAUUUAUGGAAUCCAGAAAAAGGCGAGACUGAAAAUCCGGAUCGUGUUAAAAAAGGAGGCAGCUACCUAUGUCACAAAUCUCACUGUUAUCGAUAUAGAUGUGCUGCAAGAUCUCAAAACAGUCAAGAUUCGUCAGCUGGAAAUUUAUCAUUCCGAUGUGCAAAAGAUUUUGAAUAG